AUGGCGACCGCCAUUCCGCCCAGCACGACGGUGGAGGAGCUCUGCGCCCCGCCUACUGACACGCCUGCGACCACCACGGUGCCCAGUAAACCGCAGCUGUCGGUGCCCUCCGCUGCGUCCACCGCUCUCUCUAGUGACUGCAUCGCACGCGUCAACACUGUCAUCGCGGACGACAUACGCCAGCUCAGCCGCGAUGACCUCGACGUGAAGCGGUGGCUGAACGCGACGCUCUCGCGCGUGGUGGAUGCUGUAAAAGAGGUGCCACUCGUAGGCGCCACCGCUGCUAGCGCGGCAUCUCCGGCAUCCUCCAAGACCUCAGCUGCUACUUCAGCGCUUGUGACAACGGCCUCUGCUCGUAAGUCUCUGCGCCUGGAAGAGCAGCUGGUACAGCUCCUGCAUGCCCGAGUGCAGACUCACAGCCAGGAGCUCAGCACCAGCAUUGAGAAUCUCAUUUCCUCCACCCUUGUACGGCUUCCGCGAACCACGCUGGAGCUGAAGCGCAUGGCGACAGAAGCUGCAGAGCUCACAGAGCAGCUGCAGUGCAUCGAGGGCGUCGUCAACCCUGCCGUAGCCGCUGGCUCAGACACAUAUGUAAAAGAGCUGCAGCUACGCAAGGCCUCCGAGUCAAAGCUGCACAAGUGCAAGCGAUACCUGGAGAAGGCGGCACAGGUGAAGGAGAACAUCCGCAACCUCCACUAUCUCGUUGAACACCGCGAGUCAAUGAGCAACAAAAAGGGAAACGGCAGCGCCGGUCAGAUCACCGCUGUCAACGCCGCGAACGGCUCAUCGCUGUCGGACAAGGCGACGCCUCCACAUCGCGACUUGGACGAGGUUGCUGGUAUCAUCCGCCAAACUCGCGAAGACCUGAAGGAGAUCACGGCUGUCGAUGACGCCUUUGGCGAGCAGUACAAGGCGCAGCUGGAGCAGUUUGCACAGUACAUUGAGCAUGCUCUCGAAGAAGAGUGCGUGGCGUGUCUGCUGGCUCAUCAGCUGGAGCGCGCUACUCGCCUCAUGACCACCCUUUACAGCAUAGGGCGUGCCGACGCCGUACUGAAGCGCUACGGGGAGCAGGCGGCGAUUCAGAUGGCGGCGAUACAGCUGGAGAAGCUGCGUGCGUGUGUGAGUAGUGGAGGCGCUGGAGCCCACGGGAGCAGUGCGGCUGCCGCAGCGGUGGCAGAGCUGCUUCGCCAGGAGAUCAUCCCGGACGACAACGCCUUUGUGUCGCGUGAGCUUGCGUUUCUGUUUAGCCUUGUACGGCGUACGUUGGAGGAGUCCCAGGCGACCUCUCCGCUCAAGACUGGCGGAGUAGGGCCCAGCGGAGCAGCUCACGAUGCAGCAGCGCCGGCAUGUGGCAAGCCCCCUGCGGCCUCUACGCCCUCCGCAGUGACAGCAGCCUCAGCGUCGGCCGCGCCAGUACCCGCAGGGGGCACGAGCGGAGGUGGCCACGUUGCUGUCGAAGAGGAUUCCCGCGCUACACAGGCGCUUGAAAUCAUAUCCAUCAUUCUCCAUAAGCUCUACGAGCCGCUGCAACUAACGCUGCAGCCGCUGUUCACGGAGCAACUCAACACGACGAACGCCGAUUUCGUAGCGUGCCUGUCGGCCAUUCAGCUGAUUAAGAUCUCCGCAGCGUUCGUGUCGACGACACCACCACAAGGAGCAACAGAGGACCAAUCUCCGAGCCGCAUGGGUCUUGCUACGACACCAGCCACAGUGAAGGACUCAUUGGACAAACUUGCGCGCGAGGUAACGCACCGUGCACUUGGCCUCUUCGCCGGAAUUUUCCAUGAGGAGCGCGUGCUGGAGCGGUACGCGGAGCGUGUCUGCUCGCCGGUGGAAGCGUUUUGCCAGCAGCCACUUUCCAAGGCUCUCUCAGCUGCUUCGAGAACGGUCACCGCUGACGAGUGCGACGAGGACAGUUUGACGAGUGUGCUCACGCAGGCGAUUCAGGAGGUGCUCGUCUACGCGCCGGAGAAGAUCACCAGGCGGUGCACCACCGCCUGGCACGCGUCACUUUCAAAGAUGCUCACGCAGCUGCAACCGACGUCUAGCAUGUCGCAGCAUGCACUGCUGCAGUGCCUGUUCGUCUACAAGCGCCGCAUGCGUCCGCUCGUGGAAAAGGCGCAGCAGAGCGUCGAGGACUGGCUAUCAACGGGCACCUUGCGCGAGCGCUACCCGACGAGCGCUAGAGUGCUUUGCACCGACCUACAAACGCGUGUGUGGGGUCCUCUGAGAAAAGAGCUGGAGGAGGCACAGGAAUCCAUCCAGAAGAACAUCCUGAGCAGCAUCACGCGGCCGAUUCUCACCACAGUCGAAACGUACACGUCUCUGCCGUGCUGGGGCAACGCAGCAGUCACAGCCGACGGCUCCUCUGGCUCCAUCCCUGGUGCGACAGACGCAUCGAAACCCUUGGGCACCUACACGCAAGGACAAGCCGCCCCAAGCAGCGCCGUGCGUGACAUGGGAGAGAUGCUCAUGGAACUGCCCCUGACGCUGGAGACUCUCUGCUCCAGUGCCGUAGCGGAGAGCUGCCUCAAUGCGCAAGGGACUGGCAGCGCUGGAAAGGGUGCCAGUGACGCCGACACUGAGGAUGGCGUGCGUGCGUUGAUCGAGGAGCAGGCGGAGGAGUGGCUCGGGACAGUAGUGAGCAAUGUGGUGAACACCUUUAUUAAGGAGAAGGUGUUGCCGCUGCAAAUCGGGCCGUUUGGGCUGGUGCUACCGUCGCAGCAGCAACAGCAAGCGCAGCAGUCGACGUCGAGGGCGAGUGAGGAGAUGCAGUUUCACUACACUACGUCCCUGGAGCAGCUAACCACCGAUCUCGACUACGUGUGCAACAUCCUCUCCGCUGUCAACGAGGAGUCGCUCGAGACGGUCCAGCGGGUGCUUCGGGCUGUGCAAGCACUGACUCCUGCCUCCAUGACUGCGGCCUUCGUGGUGAGCGAUGCAAUUCGCAUGACAGCAAUGGACACGAGCGCAGCUGGCAGCGCAGAAGAGCGGGAUUAG